CCGAGCGCUGUGAGAGCGGAGACGUUUUUGGCGCCAUUUCAUGCCAGCUCGGAUUCUGACAGGAAAAUGAGUUCCGGGGACAAUGCAGAAGAAAUUGAAAAACUAUAUGCUGCUGUACCUCGACUUUGUGACAUCUUUUGCAUUAUGCAAAAAAUUGGGGAGGGUACAUUUAGUUCAGUAUACUUGGCCACUGCAAGAUUAAAAUCAGGAGAAGAUAUGAAAUUUGCACUGAAGCAUUUAAUCCCCACAAGCCACCCAACACGGAUUGCUGCAGAACUAGAAUGCCUUACAGUUGCUGGAGGUGAAGACAAUGUCAUGGGAGUCAAGUACUGUUUCAGAAAUAAUGACCAUGUUGUUAUUGUUAUGCCUUAUCUGGAACAUGAAUGUUUUGUGGAUAUUUUGCAUUAUCUGAGUUUUGAGGAAGCAAAAGAAUACAUGUUUAAUCUGUUUAAAGCACUCCGACGUAUUCAUGAGUUUGGCAUUGUCCAUCGAGAUGUUAAACCAAGUAAUUUCUUAUACAACAGACAUCAAAAGCAGUUUGCAUUGGUUGAUUUUGGAUUGGCACAAGGCACGCCAGACACAAAAAUAGAACAACUUAAGGUUCUGCAAAUAAAAAAACAGGAAAGUUGCUCACAAAAUAAACCUCACACAAUAUCAGGAAACAGGUUGCCUCAAAAUAUACCGGUACCUAGAGACCUAGUACUGCCACCAUCAACAAAGCAGUCUGUAAAAAGACUUUGGUCACAUUCAGAAAUACAGAUAAAUCAAGGAGUCAAAGUAAAGGAAGGAUUGCUUGGUUAUCCUAGUCAGCGUUCUGUAUUUGGAGAGAAAAAUUUUAAUGUCCACGGUACUGUAAUGAACAAGAACCCCACUGUAAAAGCUAUUAAGCAAUCUAAGAUAGAUGUGGAAUCUGCAAAGUUGGCACCAAAAAAGACUAUUCCUACAAAACCUCCAAGUGAUGGUGUAGCCAAGAAAUCUGUUCGCUCCACCCUAGCCAGCACGCCUUGUGAAUGUUUUGCAAGAAAUCAAGUGUGUUUUGUUUGCCUUGGGAGGAGCAGACAAGUUGCCCCGAGGGCUGGCACUCCAGGAUUUCGAGCUCCAGAAGUCCUUACAAAGUGUCCGAAUCAAACUACUGCUAUUGACAUGUGGUCUGCAGGCGUCAUCUUUCUUUCCCUGCUUAGUGGUAGAUACCACUUUUUCAAUGCUCCAGAUGAUAUGAAUGCAUUGGCACAAAUAAUGACAAUUCGCGGUUCAAAAGAGACAAUUCAAGCAGCAAAAACAUUUGGUAAAACCAUUACCUGUAGCAAAGACCUCCCUGCAAAGAAUUUACGAACUUUGUGUGAAAGUUUAAGAAAUGUGUGCUCGGCCUCCAUGCAAUUUGCCGAACAAGAUGAACUGCAAAGGAUGCGUGCUGAGUUACAAAUUAAAAUACUGGAGAAGGAAGAUGGGUGGUUUGACCAUGACACACAUACUGCAUCUCUUCCAGGUUCCACUCACAAACCUGAAUCCCAGGCAGAAAGCAUGGACAUUGAACAAUCCAGUAUGAAUGGAUGGGACAGCGUUCCGGAUGAGGCAUAUCAUAUGUUAGAUAGACUUCUUGAUAUGAAUCCAGCUACAAGGAUCACUGCACAAGAAGCUUUAAACCAUCCACUUUUUCAUACAGUCUGAUUUUUACAAUGCAGAAUUCAGAGUUUGGGAGGGGGCCGGUAAAGGUGGGUUCUAAAUCUGUCCCUCACCUGUGUAGCCAUCUUUUUCCGGCGGGUUCUCUUCAGCUUCAGGAGCCAACGUCACUGCUGUACUCUUGUGCAUGCGUGAGGGUCCUCUUCUGCUCCUGGCGCUUCGGAUCCAGGAGCCAAAAUCCGUACUUUACUCUUGCUCGUGCUCAAGCGUCCUCUUCAGCUCCUGGUUAAUUGACACAUUUAGAUGGCAUUAGCUUCACCCAAUGUCUAGAAGAAUCAGGCAGAGGAAAUAUACAGAGACAGAGUAGUCCCUACUUUGUCUCAGUAUAUCUGUUAAUUGAAUUGUAAUUUCAGUGAAAUUGCAAUAUGAUCAAAAUGAGUAUUUCAUAAAGAUUCUAUCCUUACAAAGUACUCAUUUUUCAAGGGGGAUGCCAAUGCUGCUUUAAUUUGCAGAUCACAAAUGUUAAGUGUAAUAUAGUUCAUCCAA